UUAGAAGAUUUUAUCGUUAGUGAUGAUGAUGAGUGGGAUAGUGAUGAAUCUCACACACAAAGGUCAAGAAGGAGAAGAGGAUUGAAAAAAGAUGAAGAUUCUGGAAGUGAUUGGGAAGCAGAACAUAGAAAGAAAAGAAGAAGUUAUAGAGUAGAUUCUGGAAGUGAAUCCGGUAGUGACUGGGAAACAGAAAAUCGAAAGAAAAAAUUGCCUAAGAAAUCUAGAAGAGGUAAAACUAGAUUUUCGAAAGAUAUUUCUGAUGAUGAUGAUGAGGACGAUGAAAUUGAAGAAGCAUUUUCUUCAAAAAAUAGAGGAAGGAGGAAACCUUGUUCAUAUGGAAAGGAAUGUUAUAGAAAAAAUCCUAUACACUUUGAAGACUAUAGUCAUCCUGGAGAUUCUGAUUAUAAUAGUGAUCCCACCAAUGAAAGCGAUGAUGGAGAAAUUCCAGAGUGUCCUUAUGGAAUAGAUUGUUACAGGAAGAAUUCACAACACAGAAAAGAAUAUCGACAUACAAAGAAAGUACGCCCAAAAAGAGAAGCUGCAAAAAAAGCAGGAAAAAGACAAAAUGACGAUGAUGAUGAACCAGAAGAUUCAAAUAUGAAUGAUUUAAAUGAUGAAGAAUCAGAUGAUUAUGAACCACAAGAAUCAGCUUCUGAUUGGGAACCAGAAGGUGAUAGUGAUGGUGAAGAUGUGAACAGACUAAUGAAAGAGGCAAAAGGCUUUGUACAAAACAAAGCAUCAAAACAAGUAUGACAUGAACAUGUAAUGGAGAUGAUGCUUUUGGUGCUUUCAGCACAUCUUUAUGGAACAGCUUUACAGAGUUAUCUAGUGCUGUGCAAAGUGUCUUCUCGUGUUAAAAAAUUGGGAACAGACUGCAACAAAAUGUACAGAGAAUUAUGUGUAGUGUUUUCUAUAUGCCAUUGUGCUAUUAGUAUUGACAGCAUUUGAAGUACUACAAAGCAUUUUGCUGCAAUAUGUUAUUUUGUGGGAUGGGGAUAUAUUAAUUGCACCAAACAGUCAUCAUAAAUAUUUUCCAAGCAUGGAUUAUCUUGCAGCAAUUAGGAUACAGUCUAAGUUCUGAAUAUAUAUUCACCCAUAAACUUUUUGAAAUUUACUUAUGCUUCAGCUUUAAUAAUGCUUGGCAUUAUGUAUUUUAAACAAUAUGUUCCUUAAGAAAUUUAACAUUAAUAAGUUGAAUUUGUGUCAUUUAUACAGUAACUAUGUACAUUACACACAAGUUAUUUUCAGUUUAAAUCAAGAAAUACUAUCCCUUGGUAGUAGCUUGUACAAUAAAUAAAAUACAUUUAAACAAUGUAUAUUAUCCAUCAUCUCUAGCAAUUAGUCAAGGGAGAAUAUUUGUAAAAUAUGUUAUACUGGCAGGUCGAUUUUAGCUUAUUUUAUCUGCUUUCAUAUAAUGAACAAAUUGCAUAGUGCCAGAUCAUAAAAUUUGGAAAAUGAAUCAUUUUCCAUCAGUGCAUGAUAUGUCGUUCAUAAUUCUGAUUUUGCUAUGAUAUUGAAAAAUUUACUUCCAAUUGUCUUUUGUCAUUAUUGCUUCUUGACUGUUUAACUACAACUUGUUAAUUGAGUAUGUUUGUAACAUGAUCAUGAUUUACUAUGUGUGAGAAAUUAAUAAUAGCAUGAAAAAGUGAUAAUUUGAUGUGUUGUUUCAUUUGGAAGUCUUUGUUUGCCUGAAAAUUAGUAGUAUUUGGUGGAAUUGUGCUGAUAAUAGUAGAAUGCUAUAUUAGAGAAAUAUUUAUUAAAAAUCUACCGUUAAAAUUUU